CGCUCAUCACUAGUAGUAAUAUUGUUCAACGUCAUAAAAGUAACAUCUGUGAUUUCUUUUAAUUUUAAUAAAUAUUUCGCAAAACUAAAUAUCUUAAAUAAUAUUGUAUAAGAAAUAAAAUGUUGGACCUCUUUAGCAUUUUCAGUAAAGGAGGAAUAGUAUUGUGGUGUUUUCAAAGCACUAGUGACAUUUUUACACCAUCCGUGAACUCGUUGAUACGUAGUGUAAUUUUACAAGAGCGUACAGGUAACAAUACAUUCAACCAUAAUGCGCUAACGCUGCAGUAUAAACUCGAUAACGAGUUUGAGUUGGUUUUUGUGGUUGCCUAUCAACGUAUACUCCAACUAUCUUAUGUGGAUAAGUUUCUAAAUGAUGUCCACUUGGAAUUCAGAGACAAGUACAAAAAUGAACUGCAGGGAGCUCGUCAUACAGGAGACUUUGAUUUCAAAUUAACAUAUGAUUCGGUGCUUAAGGCUUGCGAGUCAUGGGCAAAGUCGCAAGCAAAGAUUCCAAAGCAAAUGAGAACUUUUGAAGAUUCUCAAAAAUCUAAAAAAACUGUUGCUUCUAUGAUCGAAAGGAAGGGGGAGGAGAAAAGUAAAAAAUCAGUGAAAAUUGUAGAAUCCAAGAGCCUAACUAAUGGUAAAGUGGAAGAAUCACCGGAGACAGAUGAUGACGUGAUAGCAGCAAAUAGAGCCAAACUGGCUCAAAAACUGGCCUCUAAAGGCAAAAAGGAAAUCAAGAAAUCUCCUAAACCAACAAAAAGUCCAAAACCUGAAGAGCGUGUGAAGCAACCACGUGUGUGGGCACUAGGUGGCGACUCCCGAGAUCUGCCGUCACUUGACUUCAGUACAGACAAGCCAGAGGAUGCAAAUGGUACCAUCAAUCCUGACACACAGCUUGUGGGACAAAUGACGGGUGCCAUCCGCGAUUUAGAGGUGGAUUCAGAGGAGAGCAGCAGUGAGGAUGAGGAGCAAACCACUCAGCAAAACACUAAAAAAAGUGGUGGCAUGUUCAGCAUAUUCAAAGGCCUGGUGGGUUCGAAAGCCCUCACUGAAGACUCGAUGCGGCCGGUGUUGGAUAAGAUGCGCGACCACCUGAUAGCGAAGAAUGUCGCCGCUGAUAUAGCUAACAAACUCUGUGACUCUGUUGCUAUGAAGUUGGAAGGAAAGGUACUGGGAACAUUUGACAGCGUCGCUAAAACAGUGAAGACCACUCUAACAGAGUCGUUGGUGCAGAUUCUAUCACCGAAGCGUCGUGUGGAUAUUCUACGUGAUUGUAUUCAUGCCAAACAGGAAGGCAGACCUUACGUCAUGGCAUUUUGUGGGGUGAAUGGCGUGGGCAAAUCGACUAACCUUGCCAAGAUCUGCUUCUGGCUGAUUGAGAAUGAGAUGUCGGUGCUGAUAGCGGCGUGCGACACGUUCCGUGCCGGCGCGGUUGAGCAACUGCGGACGCACGCACGGCAUUUGAACGCACUGCAUCCUGAAUCCAACCACCACGGACGCAAAAUGGUGCACUUGUACGAGAAAGGAUAUGGCAAAGAUGCUGCAGGCAUAGCCAUGGAAGCAAUCCGUUACGCUUCAGAUACCAAGAUCGACGUGGUACUCAUCGACACUGCGGGCAGAAUGCAAGAUAAUGAACCGCUGAUGCGAGCUCUAGCCAAAUUGAUCAAGGUCAAUGAACCCGACUUAGUGUUAUUCGUUGGGGAAGCACUAGUCGGAAACGAGGCUGUCGACCAACUCGUAAAAUUCAACCAAGCCCUAGCUGACCACAGUUCGUCUACCAAUCCACACGUGAUCGACGGAAUUGUACUCACUAAAUUCGAUACAAUAGAUGACAAAGUCGGCGCUGCCAUAUCCAUGACUUAUAUUACCGGUCAGCCGAUUGUUUUUGUUGGAACAGGCCAAACCUACACCGAUCUGAAGGCGCUGAACGCUAACGCUGUGGUCCAUGCCCUGAUGAAGUAACCAACUGUUGUUUAAACUGUCUAUUUCACGUCCCCAACUUGUCACACGUAUACUUUUUUGGUCCUUUUUAUCUAUUCUCCUAUUAUAUAAAUCUUUAACUAUUAAAUAUUAUAACUAUGUUUCUCAAUCUUGUGUGAUAUGAUAAUAUAUUAUACGCCUAAGUAUAUAAAAUUUACAAUUAUUAUAUUUUACCAAUACAAAGCUAGGAAAUUAUAUGUAGUUAAAUAUUUUUUCGGGAUCAUGUUAUGGUAUAAUGCAAUAUUAUUGUACAAAGCAAUGAGGCAUAGUGGAGAGAAUUUAGUAUUUUUGUUGUAUUUUGAAAGAUUUUCAGAGAAAGUGUAUAUAUUAAAGGAAUAAAUUGAUGAAAUAUUUAAACAAUGUGUUAUGGAAAGAGACUAAUAGAUUUUUUAAGAUUGUUAUUGUUGACAAUGACACAUACUACAAAAUAAAACUGUUUUUAUUAUAACUGUGACAUUCAAUAUCACAUUUUUUUUAGUUCUUUCUACAAACCGGGAACUUCACACGAUUAAAAUAUUUAUAAGUUUCCAUUACAUAUUGUUAAAUAAAUCAUAAAAUAUUUUCUACUUUUUCUAUUGCAAAAUAUGGCAAUUCGUUAAAUUUUCCUGAUUUUCUUUCUUUUUUUUUUAUUUAAUUUUGUUUUAAAUUCAUCGCGAGGACGGACCACUGCCGUUUUAGUGUAUUUCUUUUUUUUUAAUAAAUGUUUAGUUUACUCUAA